AUGCCAGAGAAUCAAAUUUCAGAUGAAAGUACAUUGAAUAGUUCACCAGAAAUUAUUAUCAAAAAGGAAAAUAUUGGAUUAGAAGAAUAUCAACAUCAAAAAUAUCAAUAUAAUUUAUUUAAUAAUGCUAUUAAACGUAAUCAAUAUUAUGAAGAUUUAGGUAGAGUUAAAUAUCGAUUGGAAAAAACUGUACCAAAUAUGCAACAAGUUAAUCAUGCAGAUAUGAAACGAAUUAAUAUAAAUAAAGUUUAUGAAAGAAAACUUAAUCGUGAUUUAAAUGGACCAAGAGGUUUAGAUUGGCAACGCAAACAAGAAUUACAACGUUUAGAAAAUCAUGAACGUGAUAUUGAACGUGAUUUAAUACGUCUUAAUCGUGAUCUUGCUCGAAUUGCUUUACCAUCUUCAGUUGGUCAAUCUGCAUUGCCCAAUGAAAAUAAUGAUUUUUUGCAAGUUGAAACAGCACAAUUAUCAUCUACUAUUAAUAUUAAUCCAACAAUUCAAACAUCAUCAAAAACUAAACUUAUUCUAGGACGUUCAAUUUCAAUAAAUACCAGCAAACCGACAGCCAGUCGUUUGACAUCAGUUCAUCAAAAACGAUUAUCAUUAAAUCAAACAAAUUCAUUUAAUGAAAGAUCUUCUUCGAUUGAUAAACAAACAUUUGUAAAAACUCAUGAAGAACGUUCUAAUCUUCAACACCAUGGUCUUAUGAUGGAUCGAGAAAAACGAAAGAUUGAACAAAAAUUAAGACUUUUUUUAAAUUGA